GCCGCCGUUUGAAAAAUGGCGGCUUACGCUGAAGCGCUGCCCGAGGAGUGGCUGGUCUACCUCGUCUCCACCCGCGCCGCCACCUUCCGCAACUGGCCCUUCACCGAGGGCUGCGCCUGCACGCCCGAGCGGAUGGCGGCGGCGGGCUUCGUGCAUUGCCCUAGCGAGAACAGCCCCGACGUGGUGCAGUGCUUCUUCUGCCUCAAGGAGCUGGAGGGCUGGGAGCCCGACGACGACCCGCUGGAGGAACACAAAAAGCACUCCGCGGGCUGCGCUUUUGCCGCUCUUCAGAAAGAUCCCGCUAAGCUGACAGUGCAGGAGUUCUUGAAGCUGGAUAAAAAGCGGGCCAAAAACGUAAUUAAAAAAGCGAUUUCUCAGAAGGAGACUGAUAUCGAAGAUGUAGCCAAGGACGUGCGGCACGCGAUAGAGAACGUGGGCCCUUAGGCUCCUGUGCCGGGUGUGUGUGCCUUGACACUGCCAUGCUGUCUGAAAAGCUGUUUCCUGGGACCACUUCUGCAAUGGCCACACCUCUGAGUAGCAAAACAGCGCUGAAUUCUUCUUUACUUAUCUGAGUCGGUCUGAGAAGUACCUGGGAUGUGGUGCAUUGCAUAGAUUUGUCUUUUUCAGCAGGGAUUCUUUUAUUCUUCCGUUACUGGUGCUUUUAUUUGUUCUUUUUUUAAAUUCUGUUUUGUAAAUUCAGUUCUUCCCAUUUGAGAAGUGCUGGUAGCCCUGCUGCAAAAACUUGUGAGAGCUAGCAGACCUUUCCAUUUUUGUACUGAAUGCUACUGGUACUUAUGGUUACUUUUAGAAAUAAAAAGGAUUGAAACUCCUUUAGG